CGGCGGCGCCACCCCGGGCGGAGCGCAGCCACCGCCGCCACUGCCGCAGGAGGCGCGAGGAGCGGACGCGCGGCUCGGCCGGAGGCGGGAGCAACAGACAUUCAGAUGGCAGAUAACAGAGAAGCUCACGGAUCAGGUGAUGCAGAACCCUCAGGUGCUGGCGGCCCUACAGGAGCGACUGGACACCGUCUCCCACACCCCUUCCAGCUACAUUGAGACAUUACCCAAAGCAGUAAAAAGAAGAAUCAAUGCGUUGAAACAACUUCAAGUAAAAUGUGCUCACAUAGAGGCCAAGUUCUACGAGGAAGUCCACGACCUGGAAAGGAAAUACGCGGCCUUGUACCAGCCUCUCUUCGACAAGAGAAGGGAGUUCAUCACCGGGGAUGUGGAACCCACGGAUGCUGAGUCGGAGUGGCACAGCGAGAACGAAGAGGAGGACAAACUGGCUAGUGACGUCCAAAGCAAAGUUACCCUAGAGGAGAAAGAACCUGCAGCCGGCGAUGAGCCCAGCCCCCGAGGGAUCCCAGAGUUCUGGUUUACCAUCUUCAGAAACGUGGACAUGCUCAGUGAGCUGGUGCAGGAGUAUGAUGAGCCCAUCCUGAAACACCUGCAGGACAUCAAAGUGAAGUUUUCAGACCCAGGGCAGCCCAUGUCUUUUGUACUAGAGUUCCACUUUGAGCCCAACGAGUACUUCACCAAUUCAGUCCUAACAAAAACGUACAAGAUGAAGUCCGAGCCAGAUAAGACCGACCCCUUCUCCUUUGAGGGCCCUGAGAUCGUCGACUGUGACGGGUGCACCAUCGACUGGAAGAAGGGCAAAAACGUGACUGUGAAGACCAUCAAGAAGAAGCAGAAGCACAAGGGCCGCGGCACUGUCCGCACCAUCACCAAGCAAGUGCCCAGUGACUCCUUCUUCAACUUCUUCAGCCCUCUGAAAGCCUCCGGGGACGGAGAGUCACUGGACGAAGACUCAGAAUUCACACUGGCCUCUGACUUCGAGAUCGGCCACUUCUUCCGUGAGCGGAUCGUGCCGAGGGCCGUGCUCUACUUUACGGGGGAGGCCAUCGAAGACGAUGACAACUUUGAAGAAGGCGAGGAAGGAGAAGAGGAGGAGCUGGAAGGUGAUGAGGAAGGAGAAGAGGAGGAGGACGCAGAGGCAAACACCAAGGUUUGAGGUCGGGCGCGCGGAAGGAGCCCAGCCAGCCGUCGGAGUGCAAGCAGCAGUGAGGCGCCGCCCGCACCCUCCGUGCAUGGUCCACUCCUUCCCCUCCUUGGGUAUCUCGCUUAACCUGUACAGUGACGGCUAAAACGCAUUUCAGAAAAGAGAGGGAGGGUUGGCCCGGCCCUCAGCGGACUUCCCCAGACCCCACCCCUGGGGACCCCUCGGCCAAGUGGGAGGAGGUUUGCCGAGUCGUCCCCAUCCCACCGCCGGACUGGACCCUUUUAGCGAAGAG